CGGGCACACACGCAUUUUACAGCUAUAAACAAAUUCUGAAAAUUCGACAUUUCUGCGAAAAUGAAGUAAAUAUUACGCAAGUUGCACAUUAUAUUUAUUCACUUUGUCGAUAAGUGAAUUUUGAUUGAAAACAAAUUAUAACAAAUGGAUAAAUCAACAGGAGACGAAAUUGCUAAGCCGCCGGCUCCACGCAAACGUCUCGGCCGUCCGCCCAAGGCCAACGCACAAGAGUCUGAAUUGACUGACGAUAUGGAACCGCCAGGCGAGGAGCGGACUUUGUCGGCAUCGCCAACAAAUUGCCGGCGAAGCACGCGCAAGAAAAUCGUAAAGUUCGAUGUGCUCGAUGUACUCAACAAGAGUCGCAAAACUCACAAAAUACAAAUCGAGGCACGCAUUGAUUCCAAUGCACCGUCAACAACAACAGCAUCCACAACACAAUUAGCAACGAGCUCGGCUACUGUGGCAAAACCAGCAAUUGAGGUCAGUCGCUUAUUUACACCACGCCCGCCUCCGCCUGUGAUUUCGCCUUUGCUUUCGCUGGACAUGUUUACCAAGCCGAAGCCAACGCCCAGCUUGAUUGUUGCCCAGGUGAGCAGUGAUAAGGCGCCCACUACCAAUCAGCAACAGCAGCCGCAGCAACCACAGCAGCAACAGCAACAGCAGGUGAUACGUAAACGUGGACGUCCACGCAAAUCGCAGACAACAGAUAAUGCAAUUGCAGUUGAUUGCUCCAAAGUGAAUAUAGAUUCUACCAAAAUCUUGCCGAGCACCAAAGAACAAGUUCUUACUUUAAAACGGGAGUCGCCUGACUCGGAUGAGUCUCUAAAGAGUUUCUCAAUCAUUGUCGAUGAUGAAACGAAUGUUGAAGCAGUGCCUGAGGAAAACGAUGCUUUGGAUGAGACAAUUGAAGUAAUAGAGACUGAUAUUAUAUCCGUCGCCUCCGAUGAGGAUUCAGAUUCGCAAAUUAUAUUUGUGGACAUUGAAACGGCAAAGAUGGAAAUAGCAGAAGAAGCAGAAAGUGACGAUAUCCAUAUUACAGCUGAAGAGACUCGUAACUUUAAGUUAAUUUUUCCCAAGGAAGAUGAAAAUAAGGAAACAGAAAUGCUUCAGCAGAUUAAUAUUGCGGAGGAUGUGCCAGGUGGAGAUAAUAUUGAUAAAAAGGAAUCAGAACUCCUGGCUGAAGUCCUAAAAGGACCGGCAGAGCUUUGGUUUACCGAUGAUGAAAGGGAUGAAGGCGAGCAAGAAUCAAAAGAACUGCUAAAUCAAGGUUUAAUUAAAAGUGAGACUCCCGUACAAUGCGUUGAGAAGGAAACUAAGACGACCUCUGACGCAGCAGUUAAAAUUGAGCUACAGCCGGUAAAGGAAAAGCAAGAAUUGUCAGCAGGAGACUCUAUAGUUAUGGACGACCUGAAAAAAAAAAUCGUCGAAAAAGAGGCUCUGUUACCAAAGUCUUCAUCUAUGAUAAGCAACGAUGACAAGGCUAAGGUUAAGGAAGAGGAGCCAAAGGAAGUGAACAUGAAGAAGGAGCUAUAUUUGCCAAGCUCAUCAGCCACAAUAGACAACGAAGAUAGGAUUACUGUUAAAAUGGAAAUCAAAACGAUCAAGGAGGUCUCUGCAGCGAUACAAGAUAACAACGAUAAGCCACACGAAGCUGUAAAACUAUCAGAACAGCUAAAGCAGAGUGCAACUCCGACUUCUGCAAAAGAACCUGUCGAGAAGAUGAAAGAUGCCCACUUCGAAUUGGAAUCUCUGAGGCGUGCUGCACAAGCGACAGGCAUUGAGUUAAAGCUUCCCAUGACAAUGGAAAAACUUUUAAAUGCCAACUCUGUAACAGAGCCAGUAAAGGAGGUCGAAUGGAAAAAGGAAACUAUUAAGAAGCAACCAAGCUUGGACACGAAUGUAACAUCAGCAGCGACACUUGGAAAGACUGAUUUGGGAGCAAAGCAACUACAACAGCACUCAGAUGCAGUUAAAUGCGAAGAGACAGAGUUAGAUCCAAAGCUUAAAUCAACCGAAUCCACUCCAGAUGAGCACAACUUAGAAUCGGUGAAUGCAAAACCAAUAGCUACUGAGAAAGGGAAAUCAAAUGAAGUCCCCAAGUUAGAGAAGCCGUCAGCUGCGUUUGUCGAGUGCGAUGCACUAUUUAAGGUCUUGGAUAAAGCAAACGAGCAGAUGCGACACGAAGAGAAGGCCAGGAAGAAGUCGAAGCUGGCAACCAAAAAGCAUUCAACCGAACAGCUGCAGGAACGGGCCACGCCUCAGUCUCGUGGAAAAAAGCAAACAUCAAAGGAAAGCAGCCGCCGUAAUACCAUUUCCGAGGAGCGUCACGAGGAUGUGAAAUUGCCGCUAAGCAAUAAACGCCGUAACUCGGUGCACCCUUUCAAACCAACGCUGAGCCCAGAGCGAGCUACGGAGUCAGAGCACAAGCAAUGCAACAGCAGCGGCAGCAACAAAAAGAAGUCAGCUCAAAAAAAGCCAACUCGCAAGACAACAAAACCAAAGCAGCUGCCGAGCAGCCAGGAUUCGCUGGACUCUAGUUCGAGCUCCUCGACAAGAGCUGGCGAUUUGCCUAGUCGCAGCUUGCCGACGCCGACAUCUGAGCUAGAGGCAUCGAAUCCGCUACACGACAUAGCGAAGUUCAUAGAGGAUGGCGUUAAGUUGCUCGAGCGCGACUACAAAGUGGAGGAUGAACAGCAGCAGCCACAAGAGGACGCAACUGAAGAUGAGCUAGCGCAGCGAGUGGCUAAUUUGGAAACUCCUGUUAACACGCCAGCUCCUUCACCGAUUGGCAGCACGGAUGACCUGUCAGCGGGCGUGCGCCGCUCGCAUCGCAUCAAGCAGAAGCCGCAAGGUGCCAAAUCGAGUGUGGGUCGUGGUAGCAGCAGCCAAACACCCACCAUUAGCAUGGAGCAGCAGCUAAGCGAGCUUGCCCACAUUGAAGCCAUCAAUGAGCAGUUCUUGCGCCAAGAGGGACUAAACACAUUCCAAAUUCUGCGUGACAAUUACUAUCGCUGUGCACGCCAGGUGAGCAAGGAGAACGCGGAAAUGCAAUGCGAUUGCUUUGUCACCGGCGACGAGGAGGGACAAGGAACGCGUUGCGGCGAUGGCUGCAUCAAUCGCAUGCUCAUGAUCGAGUGUGGUCCGCUGUGCAGUUACGGUGACCGCUGCACCAAUAAGCGAUUCCAGCAGCAUCAGGGCUGGCCCUGUCGUGUCUUUCGUACGGAGAAGAAGGGCUGCGGUAUCACAGCCGAGCUGCAAAUACAGCCUGGAGAGUUCAUCAUGGAGUAUGUGGGCGAGGUGAUCGACAGCGAGGAGUUCGAGCGUCGUCAGCAUCUCUAUUCGGAGGACCGCAACCGUCACUACUACUUCAUGGCGCUGCGUGGCGAGGCGAUCAUCGAUGCGACCACGAAGGGCAACAUCUCUCGCUACAUCAAUCACAGCUGCGACCCGAAUGCGGAGACACAAAAGUGGACAGUGAAUGGAGAGCUGCGCAUUGGCUUCUUUAGUGUGAAGACCAUCAUGCCUGGUGAGGAGAUCACAUUCGAUUAUCAGUAUCAGCGCUAUGGGCGUGAUGCGCAGCGCUGCUAUUGCGAGUCGGCCAAUUGUCGCGGCUGGAUUGGCAACGAGCCGGAGUCAGAUGAGGGUGAGCAGCUCGAUUCGGAGACCGAAAGUGAGCCCGAGUCACUGGCGGAGGAGCUACGCCCAGAGCAGGAGGCGAAAACCAAAACACCCAAAAGUAAAACUAAAAAACAACUUAAGCUGCCAACGGCACGUAAGCAGCGCAAAGAGCAGCCCAAGGCCAAGGAUCGCGAAUAUAAAGCAGGCCGCUGGCUGCGUCCUUCCGGCGGCGUCGGAGGCGAGAAGUCGGCAGCGCGUAAACUGGAUCAGCUCGAGGACACAGAUGUGCUCGAGCAGUUAACACUGCUCAGUCGCAGCGGACUGAAGAAUCAGCUGGACACAUUGCGUCUAUCGCGUUGCAUGGUGCGGGCCAAGCUGCUGCAGAGUCGCCUUCAGCUGCUGGGCGUGCUAACGCGUGGCGAGCUGCCAUGUCGUCGUCUCUUCCUUGACUAUCACGGACUGCGCCUGCUGCACGCAUGGAUCAGCGAAAGCGGCAGCGAUAAGCAGCUGCGUCUAGCGCUGCUCGAGUCACUUGAAUCUCUGCCCAUACCAAACAGGACCAUGUUGAAUGACAGUCGCAUUUACCAGAGUGUAGAGCUAUGGGGCAACCAGUUGGCACAGCCAGCAGAGGCAGCGGCAGAAUCACAAUCUGAUGAGGAGGAAUCGGUGCGUCAGCGCAUUGCAGCGCUGCUACAAAAGUGGAAUGGACUGCCCGAAAUCUUCCGCAUACCCAAACGGGAACGCAUCGAGCAGAUGAAGGAGCACGAGCGUGAGGCGGAUCGCCAGCAACACGUGGCCACUGCUUUAGGGGACAGUAACAGCGCCUCUUCCGUGCUCAGCACCGAUCGCUACAGACAAGAUCGUUUUAGGCGCGACACCAGCAGCCGCUAUGAGAAAUCAAAGCCGCCAAUUAGGAUGAGCGGCAACAAUACCAUCUGCACGAUCACCACACAGCCAAAGGAAUGGCAAGGCUCCGCGGAGGGCAGCAGCGGCAGCAAAUCUGAGGGUCGUAGACGCUCAGAGUUUGAUCCGCGUCGAACUAUAUCCAAAGAGCUUCGGCGAUCGCUCUUCGAGAGAAAGGUGGCUCAAGAUGAGGCAGAAAAGCGUGUGGGCAGCGAGGAUUGGCGUGAGCAUGAGCUGCGCUGCGAAUACUUCGGUGCAGAUUUGAACACAGAUCCAAAGCUGCUGCCAUUUUACCAGAACACGGAGACCAAUGAGUGGUUCAACAGCGAGGAUGCUCCUGUCCCUGCACCAUUGCGUUGCGGAGACGUUGCGGAGCCACCAUCACCGGAACAUGAGGAGGAUGUGGAGUAUAAACUACCCGCUGGCGUAGAGCCAUUGCCACCCUCGUGGCACUGGAGCUUGACACCCGAAGGAGAUAUCUACUAUUAUAAUCUACGUGAUCGCAUACCGCAGUGGGAGCCACCGAACGCUGAACAGCGUUUGCAACAGCUGGUGGAGGAUUCACCAGAAAAGGAAUUGGUGCCGGAUGAGGCAGCCAGUUCAUCGGAUUUGGUUAACAUUGACAUCGACUAUGUGGGCAGCCUGAGCGCCAAAUCUCUUGCCCAGUACGUUGAGGUAAAGAUACGGGAACGUCGCGAGAUGCGACGCAAUCGCUUGGUAUCUGUGCGCGUGAUAAGUCCACGUCGUGAGGAGGAUCGUCUCUAUAACCAGCAGGAGUCACGCAAAUACAAGGAGAAUAAAGAAAAGAUACGCCGCCGCAAGGAAAUUUAUCGACGCACACGCACCGAAACAAAUACUGCUCAACCAGCAGCUGGAGAGCCCAGUGAUUCGCUACCUAUUCAUGGGUAUUUAUACUCCUCCGAUGAGGAUGGUGCCACUGAAGGCGCCUGCAGUCUACCGUUGAUAGACGCGAAAGUUGAUGGCGAUAAUGAGUUGCCGGAGUCAAUAAGUCGUCGUCGCUCACAGCGUGCAUCGUCGCCAUAUUCCACCAGUUCCACAGACGCGGCAGAGUCGUUGCCAAGCGCUAAGCGCAAGCUUCUUGUGACCGAGAGCCAAAGGAAGCAUCGGGAUAGUAAGCGCAAGAGUUUGGCAACUGGGCGCGAAGCCAGCGAGAAGUUUCACUUUGAGAUUAGCGGCCAUGUGGCCGAGUUUUUGCGUCCCUAUCGCCAAGAGAAUUGCCAGCUGGGCCGUAUUACAAGCGAUGAAGACUACAAGUUCCUAAUUAAGCGACUGAGCCAUCACAUAACCACCAAGGAGAUGCGUUACUGUGACAUGACCGGCAAUCCAUUGGCCUGCACAGAAUCGGUUAAGCACAAGUCCUACGACUUCAUUAAACAAUAUAUGCGCAAGAAAGGUCCCGUCUACAAGAAGCCAGUUGAUAAGCCCGACUAAUUCGUACACUUUUUCAUACAACAAUAUUUUCCUUAAAGCUUUUGGCUUAUAAAUAUUAGCAUAAGCAGUAUACAAUGUAUAUCAAAUGGAUUUUUUUUUUUAAUUUUACCUCGUGUUGGG